UCAACCCUGCUAGCAAGACAGCGACAAAAUCACGUUGCAUAACAAUGUAGCCCAAGCUUAUAUCUUAUGAAAUAUACGGAAGAGAUACGGACUUAGAAAAAACAGAAAUGUUGUUCUUUGUGGAAGUCAUUGAUGAAAUUCUAUGUAUUUUAGCCCGCAAACUUUCUUCAAACAAAAACAGCGCCAUCUAGUAUCGAGUUCUGUAAUUAUCUCUUUGUUUAUGGAUUUGAAGUAAGACCGCCACGCAUGCAAUACAUUAUGACUGGGGAUUCCCCUAUUCGUCGACGCUGAAUAUGAGGCGACGACAAUCACUGUCAAACGUGUUCACUAUUACUCUGACUCUGGUAACGUGACUUCCUGGUAACGUGUUAGGUAGGAAAAGCAGUAAAAAAGUGCAUAUUAAGGGAGCAGAUUUGAAAUAAUAUUUAUACUUAACAAGAAAUAAUUAAAGGUUCAAUGGGGAGACCUAAAGAUUUACGCAUAUGGGAGCACUACCGUACUUUACCAAACAAGUCUGUUUCUUGCAAGCUUUGUAAUAAGGUCUACAAAUUCAGUAAUGCUGCCAAAAUGCUUCAACAUCUUAUCACUUGUCCAAAAUCUCCAGAAACAUUAAAAGACUCUAUGAAACUUAUAAAAGAUAGCUCGUCCAAAACCAAAAUGUCUGGACUGUCAGAGAUAGAGACAAAUGAUUCUUUUAUAAGCCCCUCGUCGUCUGCUAACACUACAAUAAAUGCUGAGUUUCAAGACACCGAUGAUCAUAUAAAAACAGAAUUAGCGAGAGCUAUAUUUGUAACAGGGACGCCAUUAUCGAUGGUGCAACAUCCUUUAUGGAUACAAUUUUUCGAAAAAUUGCAACCAAAAUUUAAAAUACCUUCACGUAAAGCUUUAGCGACAAAAUACUUAGAUAAAAUAUAUAGAGAAAUGCGUUUUGAGUUAAAUGAGGAACUAAAUGCUUGUAGUUACUUACACCUUCAGUGCGAUGGCUGGUCUAAUUUAAGAAAUGAAGGAAUAAUAAACUUUCUUAUAUCAAAACCUCAACCUGCAUACGUUAAAAGUUUGAAUACAGAAAGUAAUCCUCACACUAGUGAAUACCUUAGCCAAGAAGUUGAAAAAGUAAUGAAAGUGUAUGGAGCAAAUAAGUUUCUUGUACUUAUUGGCGAUAACGCUAGAAAUAUACAAAAGGCAUUCGAAUUAACAAAACUCAAAUAUCCACAUGUUGUUCCUCUCGGUUGCUGUGCACAUAUCCUUAACUUGUUGUGCCAAGAUAUUGUAAAGAUACAAGAAGUAACUGUGUUUAUUAUGCAAGCCAUAAAUAUAAUAAAAACUGUUAAAAGGAGUCAACGAUUAAGUUCCUUGUUGAUAAAAUCAAGGCAGGGUGAAGAUUCUACACAAACACUAAAAUUGCCUUGUGCUACAAGAUGGGGAAGUCAUGUUACUUCGUUAAAAAGUUUGAAAGCAAAUAAGAUAGCUUUGCAAAUAUUAACAGUUAGAGAAGAUGUGGUAAUUUCAAGAGAUAUUAAAGAUUUAAUUCUAAGUGAUGAUUUCUGGACGAAGACAGGGGAAUGUAUAAGUAUUUUGGAACCAGUCACUGAAAGCAUAUUUUACUUAGAGAGCGACCAGAAUCGUUUGCAUCGCACAUACAUUACAUUUAGAGAUGUACAAGCUAAGAUACGUUUUGCAUUAAAUGAGAUUUCGACAUUGAGCGAAGAAAGCAAACAGCAGAUUCUAACAUCAGUAUCUUCAAGAUGCAAUAUGGCAAUGAGGCCAAUACAUUUUGCAGCAUAUAUUCUAGACCCCAGGACUCUAGGAGUCGAACUUACUCAAGAGGAAGAACUUAAGGGUAUGGAGUUUAUCUACAAUUUAAGCCAACACUUAAGUUUGUCAAAUGUAAUGGCAGAUUUGGCGUGUUAUAAAGCUAAAGAAAACUUUUGGGCCAGAGGAUUUGUAUGGAGCUCAUUAGAUAGCAUUGAGCCCCUAAUAUGGUGGAAAGGUAUUUGUGGUUCCACUGAGUUAAGCAAAGUAGCGAUUCGUAUUCUAUCAGCUCCCUGUACUUCGGCAGCCACUGAGCGUUCCUUUAGUAUCCAAGGCUACAUACAUAAUAACAAAAGAAAUCGACUUACAACUGAAAGAACUGAAAAAAUUUCAUUCAUUUGUUAUAACUGGAAUCUUAAACAUAAAGCUGAAUGCGAGGACAUUCAGUUUAAUGAAGAAAAUACCUUAGAAGCUUUCAUUGAGCAAGUAAAUGAACAUAACAGUUUAGACGAAAUAGAGCCUAUCGAACCUAUACAAUUCAUCGCUUGUAAUAACUCUGAAUCUGACAGUGAUUGACUGUAGUUUUACAUUUUACUUUCAUCUCUUUCUUAAUAAACUCAAAAUCAAAUUAAAAGUUUUUUAUUCUGUAGGCUGCAUAAUAAUAUUGUCUAUGUCCAGUAUAGUGGACGUCUUGCGGCUGAGAUGACGAUGAUGAAGUACAAAAGCAUAAACACCCAAAAAUUUGGGUGUUUAUGGGGUUUAAACCCAAUAAACCCAAAACACCCGGUUUUUACCCACCAGACUUUAAACCCACCCAGGUGGA